CUCUCAAAAGUUCUUCUGAUGAAUACGACACCAUUUCCAAUCGGAUUUGUUGAUUGAUGGGCUCCGGGGCUCACAACAUCUAAAUUCACAUUUCACGAAUUCAUUCUUUGCAUUUUCUAGAAAUUCGAGAUCAGAUUUCGUUUUGGGGGUUUCAUGACUCAUCGAUCAAAAAACAAGAAUCAAAGAAAUGGAUUGGGGAACGGUAACAACAGAAGACCUGAUCGAAGCACUUAAAGAAGUGGAUUGGUCGUCGCCUCCUCGUCCUUUCAAUGAAUUCGUCUCCAAAUUCACAGUCCCUCGUUCUUCUAACAAAUGGAACAGUCGCCUGAAGUGUAAUCUUUACUACUAUCGGACAAAUUACUUUCUCAUGAUUCUGUUCAUUCUUGGAUUGGGAUUUCUUAGGAGACCACUUGCUAUAGUUGCAGCUAUGUCAACCGCUCUAACUAUGGCUUUCUUAAAUGAUAGCUUUGCAAGCACAUUCAGUGAAAAAGUAACAAGAACUAUAAGGCAAUUCUCUCCACAUUUAGCUGCAAAAAUGAGACAUCCACUAACGCCUGUUCUUCGUGGGCGCCCUUCAUCUAAGAGGACAAUAUAUAUAUGUGGACAGCCUCGUUGGACAUUUGUUCUGGCAUUUUCUGCUGUGAGUUUCAUUCUUUGGUUUGUUUCUUGCGGACUCUUGACUUUGUUAUGGGCGUUGACCACCGGCCUUCUUGCUACUAUAGUGCAUGCAAGCUUUAGAACACCUAACCUGAAAGCUCGUCUCAAUACAUUCCGUGAGGAAUUUCGUGCAGUUUGGCGCAACUACAGUGAACUUUAAUCCUCCUCUAUUCAUGUGAUUGGUUACGAAGAAACAUGUGGUGGUAUUUUUGAGGGAAUAAUCCUUGUAGAAAGCUGCAUGAAGGUCGAAGUCUUGGAUAACAUGACAUAAAAUAAUAUAUUUGGUUAUUAAUAUCCCCUGAGUGGGUAUAAAAUUGGGAAAAAGUCAAAAAUGUAGAAGAGGGAAAGCUUAUGUGGAAGGGUAAUUCAAUUUUGUUCAGAAACCUGUGAAUGGAUCAAAUUUUGAACUUUUUUUUUUUUU